AAACGAACUCGCGAUCGUCAAUCUUCGAAGUGCAAUCGGGCUGUCAGUUUAGUGGCCGAUUGUUGAAGGCGGUGUGUCAGUUGUACUUCGGACGUGAGUGAGUAAAGUUGUUUUGCUAGCGCAGCGAAUUUUUGUACAUUCGGGCGGGCGUGGUGUUAGAUUGAUUGUAAUAAUUCAAUAUUUGUCGCCGAAAUCAGCCCCUUAAACAACCACUGUGGACAUUCUAGUGCAUUGAGAAUUGUCCUAGCACAAUCAUAGAACACUCUGUGUGCCCCAAAACAGGAUUUUCUUUGGAUUUUGUGUGUGAUUUUGCUAAAAACAGGCAGCUGCUCGCUUUUUCGCCCCAUAAAGAGCAUUUUGUGUGUUGGCUGGAGAAGAGUGAAUGUGUGUUGGUGAAACGGCCUUUCAAAGUCGCCUUUUUUCUCGCGAUUCUCCCGGAGUCUCUCUUGUCUCUUCACUCUUACAUCCGGACAAGGGGUCUUCCCUUCCAAGAACACAAAGCUGCACUUUUUGACCGUGUUUUCUGUGUGUGUGCCCCUUUUCUGGAGAAUGUGAAAGAGAAGCACGAUUCUCUGUGAGACAGGAAGAACAUACAAAUUACAAUUUUUUUUUCGGGAGAUAAUAUUAGCCACCAAGAAAAAGAACAAGAGCAGGUGCAAAGAAGUUUUUGGACACAAUGCAGAUAUCCGAUGGGAUCCGGCAUGUCGGAGACGGCUGGUUGGAAGUCACCGAAGAGCGCCUCCAGGGACUCAUCGUACAUGAGGAUAUCAAUGACAUCUACGAUGUGGAACAGACUCCUUUUGCCAGAGGGAAAUUUGCAGCAGUCCGGAAAGCUGUUCACAAGAAGACAGGCGUAAGUUUUGCAGCCAAAUUCCUACGACGCAGGCGUCGUGCUCAGUGCUGGGCAAAAGAUAUCUGCCAUGAGAUUGCUGUCUUAAUGCUCUGCUCAGAUUCAGAACACAUUGUUAAGUUGCACAGCGUCCAUGAGACAAGGUCGGAAACAGCGCUUAUACUCGAAUUAGCGACUGGUGGAGAAUUGCAGGCAAUUCUGGACAAUGUGGGUGAACUGACAGAAUCCCAAGCGAGAACGUGUAUGAGGCAAAUUCUCCGAGCACUGCAGUAUCUGCACAAAAAGUGCAUUGCCCAUUUAGACUUGAAACCACAGAAUAUUUUGCUGUGUGGUGAUAAUGUCGAAGAUGGUCUGAAGUUGUGUGACUUUGGGAUAUCGAGAGUAGUGGAGGAGGGUGGAAAGAUUCGUGAGAUUCUAGGAACACCUGAUUAUGUGGCACCAGAGGUGCUUCAAUAUGAACCACUGUGCCUGGAAACGGAUAUCUGGUCAGUGGGUGUUUUGGCCUAUGUUCUCCUCACGGGUUGUUCACCAUUUGGUGGUGAUACGAAACAGGAGACAUUUUUAAACAUAUCACAGUGUUCCCUGACCUUUCCUGAUGAGCUAUUUGAGGGUGUUUCGGAGGAAGCUAUUGACUUCAUAAGGAGUGCUCUGAGGGUUAAACCGUGCGAUAGGAUGAGUGCAGCUGAAUGUUUGGAGCACAAAUGGUUGAAGGAGGAUAGUCCAAGUAGGUAUCUCAGUGAAUCGGUUACGGAGAAUGCUGGAGUCCUGGACAGAGAUGGGGAAGAGGAGGAGGAUGAAGAAGAAGAAGUGGAGUCAGAUACCAGUGAGAAUAAGGAGAAUGUUGCUUGUGCCACAAAUAAAAGCUCUGACCAUGAGAGUGUUUCCACCUGUGAGAAAAUCCUAAUACUCAGUCACCAUCAGCAAGCAACGCUGUUUCCGGAUGCACCAACAACACCCAAAGUCAGCCGAAAAGCCCCUCCGGACUCACCGCCGAGUGUCAAGGCACUCGUUAAGAAGUUCCAGCUGGACAAUCAGGAGGUGAUUGAUGUGUCACCAAAGAGAGAAUUGGAUUUGUCCACUGGUGGUCCUGGGAAUCCGGGUAAUCCUACUACGGCUGAUGAGUGCUCAGCUAGAUGUUCUGUCAUCACAUGCCUAGCCUGUGCUGGACUAUCAGUGUCAGCUUGUCGCCAUCACAGUAGUCCAACGGCUCGCAAGACUCUGAGUCUGGAUCAGCGAAUAACGUGCUAGCCACAGAAAAAAACAAAAACACAAAGCAAAAUCCGGAAAUCCUCAAUGUGAACGAAGAAAAAAUUCAUGUGUCGUAGAGCAAAUUCAAUCAGUGCCUCAGGGAUGGUGGUUUUUCUUUUUUUUACUUUGAUUUUUCAUGCAGGUAAGAGAGGAAAUAAAUGUCAAUAUAUUCAUUGACCUCCUUGGUGAUAAAUUUUCCCAAAAAACACAAACAAAAGUCACCCCAAAAUGAAGAAAAAGAAAACAACAAACACAAAUCGCGUCCAAUUGAGAACAAGAGAAUAAAACCGAGUACUUAACGCCCAUCGCAAUCUCAGUCAAAAUGCACAAAAAUCACCAUUUUGAGGUUAGGUUUUUGUGUCAAAGAAGGAGCACAAGAUGAAUUUUGACAGGCAUACAAUUGACAGCCUAAACGUAAAAGAGAAGAAGAAGAAGAAUAAGCACAACAGGUAGACAAUUUUGUAGAUUAUAUUCAAUUUUUUUGCACCCAUCGCAAUUUUUCUUCUUUUGGUGGUGAAAGUCACAAGGGAUAUUUUGUCAGUUGAGGGGUUUCUCCAAUGAAGCAAUACUGCUUGACAUUAAAAAAAAACUCUUUCCUGUCAUGACCACUAGCGACACUGUGAGACCAAAAAGUGCACUUUUCGAAAAAGAAAACAACGAAAUUUUCGUGAUUUUUUUCCUUAUUUCUUUUUUGAAAAAAAUAAAAAAAAAUCAAAAAUUUGCUCACAUGAAUAACUGUGGUAUUUUUUACCACAAAAUAUCGUAAAAAGAAUAUUAAUAAUAUAUCAAUAAUUACCCCAGUAAAACAAAAGAAAAAACAGGAAAGAAUGGCAAAAAAUCAAAGAGUUUGGUGUAUGAGAAUGUAUGAUUUUUUUUUUAAAAAACGAAACAUUUUUAAAAAGUUGAAGAAAAAGAUUGGUUUAAUUUAAUAAAUUAAGUGAGUAAAUAAAAAUCAGAAGUUGAAAAGGGUAAGAAAAAAUAUAAGAGAAAAAAAAACAAUUAAAAAAAAGUUCUUUCAAUUUUGGAAGAAAUUUGAUGUGAAUGCAUGCGUGGAAUAAUUGAGAUUUCUUAAUGAAUAAAGAUGAAUAAAGAAGUAAAUAAAAAAAACAAGAUUUUUUUGUGUGUAUAAGACAAUCUUUAGCUUUGAACCGUAGUAAUUAUCAUGAAAAGAAAAAUUGUAUUAUUAAAUUAUAUACGGAUUUUUUGCCUCCUUUUCUAUCGUCAUAAGCCAAUUUAUUCGUUAGAAUUUAUUUAUAUUUAAAGAAGAAAACAGAGAAAGAAAUGAAGAAGACAUUUUCUCAACAAAGAAUUUAUGGAAUGUGUAAAAAAUGAGAACUUUGGUGCCUUUUUUUUCAUCCUCAAUAUUUACUAUUUAUCAGUCUUAUUGAAGAUUUGGAGUUUUAAUUAAUUAAAUAAAGAAGAUAGUGAAAAAAAUACAACGCCAAAAAAAUGUUACUAUAUCAAACAAUUUAGAAAAAAAAUAAUAAAGGCGCUAAUAUCCGUAAAUUGAGAACUUUUGCAGUGAACUGCAGUGAAAAUGUGUCUUUUGCCCAUAUGAAUUUUUCUUUUCUAAUUUAAUAAAACAAAACAAGCGAAGAACUAUUAUAGAGGAAUUUUUAAAAGAAGAAAUAAAGUUUGUGAUAAGAAAGCGAAA